AUGGCUCCGAUCGCGUCCAGCCACCAGCAGUUCGAUGAAAUUCCUACAGUUGUUGGGAUCUUUAGUGCAUUUGGCCUUGUCUUCUCUGUCUCCCUUUUUGCUUGGAUCUGCUGUCAGCGCAAAUCAUCCAAAUCCAAUAAGACUCCUCCAUAUAAGUUUGUUCAUGUUCUGAAGGGAGUUGAUAUUUAUCCUGAGAAUCUCAACAGUAAGAAGAAGUUUGGAGUAGAUGAUAAAAGUGAAGCAAAGAGCAAAUCAGCAAUGCCAAAGAAUUCUCUUCAUCUUGACCUGGAGAACAGAGAUCUAAAUGGCAACUUUCCGAAAACAAUCUCUAAAAUGCAGAGUUCUCCAGGCCCUGAAAAUUCAUCUUCAAAGCAUUUUUCAGAAAAGAAGAAAGAUAUAGUUUCCCCUGAUAGUUUAAAAUCCACCAUGUCCCUGUCAUCUGAAGAAAAACAAGACAAGCUAGGAACUCUCUUUCUCUCUUUAGAAUACAACUUUGAGAAAAAGGCAUUUGUAGUGAGCAUCAAGGAAGCACGUGGGCUGCCAGCAAUGGAUGAACAGUCAAUGACUUCUGAUCCCUACAUCAAAAUGACAAUCCUUCCUGAGAAAAAGCACAAGGUGAAAACCAGAGUGCUGAGGAAAACCUUAGAUCCUGCUUUUGAUGAGACCUUCACGUUUUAUGGGAUCCCCUAUAGCCAAAUUCAAGACUUAACACUCCAUUUUAUGAUCUUGAGCUUCGACAGAUUUUCCAGAGAUGACGUCAUUGGAGAAGUCCUCAUUCCCCUUGCAGGAACUGAAUUGUCAGAAGGAAGGAUGCUAAUGGACAGAGAGAUCAUCAAAAGAAAUGUUAGGAAGUCAUCUGGACGUGGAGAACUGCUGAUCUCUCUCUGUUAUCAAUCUACAACAAAUACACUAACUGUGGUUGUUUUAAAAGCCAGACAUCUACCUAAAUCUGAUGUUUCAGGAUUAUCAGAUCCUUAUGUCAAAGUGAAUCUGUACCAUGUUAAGAAGAGAAUUUCUAAAAAGAAAACCCAUGUCAAGAAGUGUACCCCUAAUGCCGUGUUCAAUGAAUUGUUUGUCUUUGACAUUCCUUGUGAGAGCCUUGAUGAUAUCAGCAUUGAAUUCUUGGUUUUAGAUUCAGAUAGAGGGUCAAGGAAUGAGGUCAUUGGUAGGUUAACCUUAGGAUCUUCAGCAGAAGGAACAGGUGGAGAACACUGGAAAGAAAUCUGUGAGUAUCCUAGGAGACAAAUUGCCAAAUGGCAUAUGUUGUGUGACGGUUAG